UAUUUUUACAAAAAUUCUACAAAUAAAACCAUUGCAAAAUGGCUGUGGGUAUGUUUAUAUUAUCCCAAAAGCAACGACAAAAGUUAUCAAUUAUUUUUAUAAUUUUAAAUAUUUUUCAAAUUAUUAUGGGAUGUGGUAUGACUGGAUCGUCUCUUUAUAUAAUUAUUGCAGUUGCUCCAAUACUACACCAAGAAAAAUCGGAAAUUAAUUUCGUAUUUGCAGUAACAGGACUUUAUGGUACCCAUGUAAUGUUUCACUGGAUAGUUGGAAUUAAUAUUAGUCAAAGGUGUCUUAAUAGUGCUGGGAGGAAAACUACAAGUAGCCUUUUUCUUUUAUGGUCAUGUUUAGGUACAGGCACUAUACUUCAAUUAUUAAUUUUGUCGCACUUUGCCAGAAAAAUGAACAAGUACAUUUCAAGAUCUAUCAAACAAUCCAUAAUAACUGGAAUGAACCAAUAUCUUCAGGAUCUUUCAUGGAAAGAAGUUAUAGAUAAACUGCAAUACAGUCACGAAUGCUGUGGAUUAAUAUCUUUUCAAGAUUGGCACGAUGAAAAAUGGUUGACAAAAUAUCACAUCGAUACUAAAUCAACUGUGAUUAAACAAUUAAGAACAAAUGAUGAAGUUUUAACACUACCUGUUGUACCCUGGAGCUGCUGUAAAGUUGAUUUCCCCAUGCAGUGUCUACACGAUCCAAUUCAGCAGACAGAGUUCACACAUUUAUGGGUUGCUGAACCAACUUUUGUUACUGAUUCCAUUAACACAAAAGGAUGUUUGAAUAUAUUGAGAAAACCAAUUACUUGGACUAUUAAUGCCUUUGUCACUGUUGUUUCAUUUUUAACUAUCAUUCAUGUAUUAAUUUUCAUAGUAUCCAGACUUUUGUACACAUCAUCAAGAAAUUCUAUUUUACUUGGUGAUCCAGAAGAACCAGCACCUGGUUGGAUAUUCGGCAGAGGUGAUUGUGGAUAUACAGGAGGUAAAACAGUUUUGGAGAUAAUGGAAAAUUAUAGGAUAAAUUUGAGAAAACAUACUAAAAACGAUACUGAAGAGACAGACACAUCAAAUAAAAAAUCAUCUUUUAAGAUACGUUUUUUAAAGAAAAAAGUAAAAAGUAAAACAUUAGACGAAUCUGUAAAAACUGAUAUAACUACCACAAAUGAUGCAGAUACUAUUUUAAACAUUUCUGACUCUGAAGAUAAAACAAAAGGAAAAGACAUUUUGAAAAUUAAUAAGGACCCAAAAGUCAUUGAAAACUCUACCAAAACUUCUAAGAAAGAAGAAAAUGCUCGCAAAGUUCGCCCAAGAAAAAAUGCUGAAAGCAAAAGCGUUAGUAAUAAAAUAUUAGAAGCAGACGCUAAGAAGAAACCAAAUAUUUCAAAUGAAAGAACUAAAAUGAAAACUUUGAUUAAAAACAGUAAGCCAGACAGCAAUAGUAAAAGUGCUCGUUCCAUGGAGGAAAAAUUGAAAGAAUUACAACAAUGAUGAUUAUUUUAUAAUGUAGGUAUUAAAAAAUAUACUGUUGUCUUGUA